UGCCAAGCAACCCAAACUUAUCAUUAAUUCCACAAGAUCGCUCCACCGCAAACGACUUGAAUCUUAUCAGUCAGCGGUGGCUUCUUCAAAUCUCAAGUCAUGGGUCUUUCAACGCACAUCCUGGACACGAGCCGUGGCCGGCCGGCGGCCAACGUGGCAGUUACGUUGUUCCGCGGUACUUCCAACGCCGGGGAUGCCUGGGAGAAGGCUGGCCAGGGGGUGACCGAUGGCGAUGGUCGGUACAAGGGCUUCUACGGGGACAAUCCGGCUGGCUUUACGAGUGGGAUCUACAAGCUGCGGUUCGAGGUUGGCCAGUACUACGAGGGACUGCAGGUCGAGACGCUGUACCCGUUUGUGGAGAUUGUAUUCAACAUCAAGGACGCCAGUCAACACUACCACAUUCCACUGCUGCUGAAUCCGUUUGGAUAUUCCACGUAUCGUGGAUCUUAAAACAGUACAAAAUAAACGACAAUAAAAAUCUUCAUCAAACUUUGA